AUGGCGGGCGAGGACACUCAGAUUCUGGCGAACGGAAAUGUCGAGGCACUGACGAUAAUCCCGCCGAAGAUGGCGAACGGGAACGGGCUGAUCUGCGGGAGACAGCACAACAACAAUGGCUCGAUACCAAACGGGAAAGUACACGAGAUCUCCGCGACGGAGAACGGGAAGCUGAUCAUGUCCGACGAGAAAUCGAGCAGCCUUCACACGGAGUUCGACGACGCUGACGUGUCGUGCGGCUGGGGCCCGUGCAGGCCACACUGGCUGCAGUAUUUCGCCACGAAGCAGGCCUUCCUGGCCACCUUCUGCAUCACUUGGCCGCGUCUGGGUUUACAGGUCCUCCAGGGAAUGUACUACACGUACUUCGUCUCGGUGAUCACGACGAUCGAGAAGCUGUUCCAGAUUCAGUCGAAGACCACCGGUAUCAUAAUGUCAGCGACGGAGAUCGGCCAGAUCGGUUCCUCUCUCCUGCUUACAUACUACGGGGGCCAAGGUCACCGGCCUAAGUGGAUCGCUUGGGGCAUGAUCCUGUUCGCGGUGAGCUCGUUCACCUGCUCCAUGCCCCAUUUCAUCUUUGGUGAACAGCUGAUCCAUCAGAACGAGAUGUUUUUCAGCGGUAUCGAGGGUGGUGACUCCACGAAUCUUUGCAAACUGCAGGAUCGAUCUGAGAACGUUACUUUGGAUAGUUGGAUCUCAUCUACGACGCCGGCUCAAAUGAACACGAUGAACUACUGCAAGGGUGACUCGUUGACAGAGCAGAGAAUACAGAGUAAAAUAAUCACAGUGGUCCUGGCUAUAUUUUUCGUCUCCUUGUUAGGCGUUGGAAUGGGUCAGACAGCGGUCUACACCCUUGGUAUACCUUACAUCGAUGAUAAUGUGGCCAGCAGAGAAAGCCCGCUCUAUUUCGCGAUUACGAUCGGAGUGAGGAUCCUCGGACCGGCCCUAGGCUUCAUCCUCGGCUCAUUGUGCACGAUGAUUUACGCGGAUUUGUCGGCGAAUCCGCAAAUCACGCCGACGGACCCGAGAUGGGUCGGAGCAUGGUGGCUUGGUUUGGUGCUAAUAUCUGCCAUGCUGAUGCUGGUCAGCAUAGGAAUGUUCGCGUUCCCGACGCGGCUGCCCGCGAGUAGAACACCGCCGAAACGGGCAGAUGCGAAAAAGCCUAGUCUCCGAGACUUCCCUAAAGCGGUGAAGAGGCUGUUGAAGAACGACAUUCUUAUGUUCCGGACGGCCAGCAGCGUGCUGCACAUCCUACCGAUCGCCGGCCUCUACACCUUCCUGCCAAAGUACCUCGAGAGCCAAUUUCGCAUGCCAGCUCAUCAUGCGAACAUGAUCUCAGGUGUCGGUGGUAUUUUAGUAAUGGGUCUGGGUAUUAUAAUUAGCGGAGUGUUUAUCCUGAGGGCAAAGCCUAACGCCAGGUUCGUCGCAGCCUGGAUCGCCUUCACAGCGGUAGUUUACGCGAUCGGCAUGGGUGUGCUGAUAUUGUCCAGCUUCGAGCCGACCUGCGAGGCUACCUGCGACUGCGUUCGAAACAAGUUCAGCCCGAUUUGCGGCGUCGAUGGGAAAACGUAUUUUUCCGCGUGCCACGCGGGCUGCUCCAACUACACGAUCGUCGAUGGCAAGGUAGCUUCGUGCAUCGGGUCGAAUCUAACUUCACCGGAAAUGGCCAGCACCGCGACGAUCGGUUACUGCGAGCUCGAGUGCAGUAACUUUUGGGUUUAUAUGGUCCUGUUCUCGGUGUUCGUUUUCAUCCAUUCGACCAGCGAAGUUGGCUCCAUGCUGUUGAUCCUACGGUGCGUGGAUCCACGGGACAAGGCGAUGGCUUUGGGGCUCAUACAAUUCGCCAUCGGCCUGUUUGGUAACGUCCCGUGUCCAAUCGUUUAUGGUGCUGUGGUGGACUCCGCUUGUCUCGUAUGGGAAUACGCUUGCGGCGAGCGUGGUGCCUGCUGGCUUUACGACUCGAAUGUCUUUAGAAUGUUCUAUCAUGGUACCACAGGUGGAAUCCUGAUUCUCGCGUUCGUGGUCGACAUAGUGGUGUGGUACAAGGCGGGGAGCAUUAGCUUCGUGGAGGAGCAAGAAGCGGAAGAGGGCACCGUGGAAGAAAUGGCCACCCUGAAGUCGCAGGAUGCGCAGGCAGUGGACAACGACUAUUUAUGA